GUGGUGCUAUUGCGCACAAAGCGCUCGCUGCUGCGCAAACUAGAGCACAACUGAACCUAUCUGUCCGAACAGUUGAUAAGUAUAACUGUCGAGGCAGAGCUGAGCCUCCGAGGAUCUCUUCCACUUCUCCAGAAACGUCCACGAUGCUCUGCUGGAGGCUCUGAGGUCUCUGAGCAGUUUUGGAGUCUCCAUCGGUGCGCUUCGGUUUGGACACACGAUCUGCUGGACUGGUUGCAUCGGUUCCUUACAUUUUAACUUUGCUGGUGUGUUGUUGUUGUUGUUGUUUUUGCGCAGAGGAUUGUUGUUUUAAAGUGCAUUUGGAGCCGUUUUGCUUUGCUUUUCGUGUGUGUGUGCGUCGCUCUUGAUAUGGAGGAAAGCGCGCGUCUGGGGCAGAUAUGCUUUGGCACCGUGGAAGUUUAGCCUCCUACACUCCCAUCUUUGCAUUUUGAUUAUUAAACUUUAACUAAGGGUUGAAACGUGGGGGAGAAAUGGCCAACGAGAGGAAACCGCGGCUUUGCAUCAUGGCAAAAGGGGACAACGGGUAUGGAUUUCACUUGCAUGGCGAGAAAGGCAAGAGCGGGCAGUUCAUCCGCAAAGUGGAGGCUGGAUCCCCCGCAGAAGCAUCGGGGCUGCGCGCCGGGGACAGAGUGGUGGCGGUGAACGGAGCUAAUGUGGAGAAAGAGACGCACCACCAGGUGGUCCAGCGGAUCAAAGCCGUGGACCACGAGACCCGGCUGCUGGUGGUCGACCAUGAGACCCAUGAAAGUCUUCGCAGCCUUCGCCUCACGGCCACAGAGGAGAUGGCCAUCGUGGGGACGGGGCCUCCUCCUCCUUCCUCCUCCUCACCCCCGGCCUCACCCUCCCCUGCACCGUCCUCCACUCCAUCGUCUCCUAUAAAGAAGCGGGAGAACGGCUCGGUGUCCAAGCAGCCCGUCGCUCUGAGCGCUCAGGUCCAGAAACCCACCAGGAGGUCGCCGUCAAAGGCUGCUAAGAAGGAGGCCGUCACCCCGGUAGAAACGAACAUCCAGGCCCCGUCUCAGUCCCGUGACCCGUCUGAACUCGCCCCACGUCUCUGCCACCUGGUCCGGUCUGAGACGGGCUACGGCUUCAACCUCCACAGCGAGCGCUCGCGGCCCGGACAGUACAUCCGAUCCCUGGACCCCGGAUCGCCUGCAGACCACGCCGGGCUCCGACCGCAAGACAGACUCAUCGAGGUAAAUGGUGUGAACAUCGAAGGCAUGCGACAUGCAGAGGUGGUGGCCUUCAUAAAGAAAGGUGGAGAUGAGACCUGGCUGCUGGUGGUGGAUCCAGAAACAGACGAACACUUCAAGAGGAGGGGAACGAUCCCGACUGUCAACCAUCUCAAAGACUACGAUGGUCCCUCCAUAUCCAACGGCUCGCCCAGCCCUCAGAUCAACGGCAGCUCCACCACACAGUCCAUCCGGUCGACGCGCUCCGACCUCAGCAGCCAGGGCAACAGCACGCAGCUGGCCGACGACGAGGGCGGCCGGCUGGACCCGUUCGCUGAGAUGGGUUUGACUCUGAGCGCCACGGCGGCAGAAGAAAAGAUGAAGGUUCACGCCAAAGAAAAGAAGAAGGCGCCGCAGAUGGACUGGAUGAAGAAAUACGAGCUUUUCAGCAAUUUCUGAGAUGUUCAUCUGUUUUCUGAGACACUUCAAAGACCAAAGGACGGAGCCCUGAGCGUGGACCACUUCGUGCUAUGGAGAACGUCCCUCUUCAGAGUCAGUCAGACAAUGCAGUUUUUUUUCUUGGAAGAAAGCAUAAAAAUCACCCACACGACAGAAGAUAAUUUGCUGCUGGACUCAAACGUGACAAAAAAAAGGCUUUAACAGCUCCUCUUCCUUCAGAGUACAACACAAAGUGCUGAACGACUAAAAAAAACUGUGCUUAAAAUGCUAAAAUCACACUGUUCAGAAGGAAGAGCAUCUUAAAAACGUACAUGAACUGCUGGGAGCCCUGCAGACACGCAUUCACAAAUUUGCCUCGAUCCCCGUCACUUUAAUCCUUUAAUCAUCCCAUUCUCCCGCUCAUAGAGACUCAUUUCCACAACUAUUUUUAUAUUUAAAAAUCGUUUUUAAAAAAAACUACAAAUAAACAGCAUCCCUUCAUCUUGGACUGCAUCUUAAAGAUUUUUAUGAACACUGUGACCAUAUUGAUUGUGGAUACAGUAUUGUGGGAGUUUUGGACCAGGAAGAUCACUGUGAAAGAGUUUACUAACAGCCGCUGACAGAAGAGGACGGUCGUCCAUCCUACAUGUAUUUGUACCUUUACAUUAACUGAGCUGCAUCAGAUCAUUAUUCAGAAAGAAUGCUUGUUAUUUAAGUGUAUCACCACUAACCUCUUCUCACUAAGUGCUCCGGUGCACACAUGCACAGCAACAGGGAGGCACCACUGACAUUACUAUUAAACAGAAGUACAAGAAGGAAGGAAGUUUGGGAAAAUGGCAUGAGGGACGAGGCUCGAUGUGUGCAGCAGAGGGCGAGCUUACGCUACGAACAGAAACCUCUUCUGGCACUAAACGUCAUCCAGACUUCAUUCAUCAGCUCAUAAUUUCCCAGAAACAAAGAUUAAGUCAGGUGAGGCUGGUAAAAGAAACUCUAGAGCAGGGGUGUCAAACUCAUCUUAGUUCAGGUUUCACAUUCAGUCCAGUGUGACUUUAAGUAAUCUGGACCAGUAAAAUCACAGCAUAAUAACCUAGAAAUAAGCACAACUCCUAAUCUUUCCUUUGUUUUAGUGCAAAAAAGUACAUUCUGAAAAUGUUCGCAUUUAAGGAAUUGUCAUUUUGUAAAACAUUACAAACAACCUUAAGUUUCUUCAGAAAAAUAAAUUCAGUUUCUACAGCAUUAUGCCUCAGUUUAUCAUUUACACAUUACAACUUCCAGAUCACAGUUUAUCUACAAAAGACACACAACAUUUAGUCACAAGAAUGUGGAACUGAAGGAUCGAGGGUUUUAUUUUAUGAUCAAAACAACAAGUCAGACUGUAAAAGACAACAAAACAACAAAACAAGACAAAAUAUUACAAAAAUGAGACACAAAAUGACAAAAAUUUGAAAAAUGAUAGAACAAAACAAAAAAGAGGAAAAAAAAUUGACAAAAAAUUAGAAAGCAACAAGAAAUGGAUAAAUGAAAAAAAAUGAUAUAAAAAUUACAAAAAUGAGAAACAAAAUGACAAAAAUAGACAAAAAACACAAGCAAGACAAAAAGGAAACACAAAACGACAAAACAUGAGACAAACGACAAAAGUCAGACAAAAAAAACAAGACAAAAUAUUUAAAAAAUGAACACAGAAUGACAAAAGAACAGUGAGCAAUGUAUUAUUUUAUUUUAUAAUCAAAACAACUUGUCAUGGUCUAGAAAUUGUUUUAAAUUUAUAGUUUUACAAAUUUACAACCUGCAGUUAUUGUCUUAAAUUUUACACUUUACAAAGUCGGGCGAGGUUGGAUCCUCUGGAGGGCCGGUUUUGACCCGCGGGCCGCAUGUUUGACACCCCUGCUCUGGAUAAUUAGAGGAAUUAUUCCCGGUGGCAUGAGGUGGCUGUUAAGAGAAGAGUAUAAGAGAGGCAGACUUUACUGUGACGUGAGUGGAAGUUGUUAAAGUGAAGACAGAGAGCAUGUUGAGAAGGAAAAUGUCAGCCAAGUUUCUGUGUAAUUAUCUCUCACAUUAUUGUAGCAAGAAUAUAGACACUGCAGUUAAACCUUCAUCAAUCAUUUAUGAAUAACUGGAAGGGAUCGACUCAGAACAUUUUAGUCAAUCAAGUUUGCAGUUUUGGAAUAAAAUACAAAAGGUUAAAAUGAGCUUUCUUGGCAGAUAAAAGUGUCCUGGAGGGAGGAAUAUUUGGGAACUGCAGUCAUCUGCUUUCAGGGUUGAGACAGACGUGAAGAUGGAUGAGAUUCUCAUGUCUGUACGGCAAACAUGAAGCUACCGGUAGCAACAGGUUAGCAUAGCUUAGCACGAAGAUAGUAAACAGAGGGAAACAGCUAGCCUCACUGUGUAAAAAAGGGAACAAAAUUCAACUACCAACGAUAAUUUUCCAUUUUAAAAAGCUUUGGAGACAAGAAACAAGACAUUUGCAUUGAUGGAAAGUGACACAAGUUCUGCAUUCAAGUACAAUUUAAAGUUAUGUGAGUCAUUCCAGAACUGAAGGACAUUUGGGAUUCAAAACAAAUCUUAUCUUUGACAGUUUUCUGCUCCAUAUUCAUCAAUAAUAGGUAAUAAACUAUCAAAGGCUGGAUUGUCUCAGCUCACACAUCAAUGGUAGCAUUUUUAUUCCAUGUUUUCUGUGCUGUUUGCUAACCCUACUCUAAUCACAGUAACAGGGUUGCUAAUCCAUGCUAAUGUGAUCUUUUUCUCAGCAGUAGAAGCUAGAUAUUUAGCUAGCUGUUACUGCUGACCAAGAGGACAAACUGACUGAUGGAAAACAGUCCAAAGAAUGAGUCUGAUCCUGAUAAUAUGAGGUAGAGAGAGACAUUCAAUCAAGACUGACAAUGGAUGAAAAGAUGGAAAAUAGAAGAGAGGAUAUAGCUUUGCUCUACACAUUCUUUAGGAAAACUGUUCGAUGAUGGAAACAACAAAAACAAGACACAAAACAACUAAAACAAAAAACAAAAUGACAAAAACAAAACAGAAUGACAAAAACAAGGAACAGAACAACAAAAAUGAGACAUAAAAAGACAAAAACAAGAUGCAAAACAAUACAAAUAAGAUGUAGAACAACACAAACAAGAUGCAAAACGACACAAAGAGGACGCAAAACAACAAAAACAAGAUGUAGAAUGACAAAAACAAGACUCAAAACAACAAAAAUAAGACAAAACAAAACCACACAAAGUGACAAAAACAAGACAAAAACUGGUCCCUGACGCAGUGCCCCGGGUUCGAUUCCCACUCGCGACCCUUUGCUGUCUUCUCCCUGUUUCCUGUCUAUCUUUCACUGCAACUAUCACAUAAAAGGAAAAAGGCCAAUGAAAAAUAUAUUUAAAAAAAUAAAAAUAAAGCCAGAUAAACGAGAUUUAAAUUUAAUUUAAACUGUUUUAUUAGAGAUUCAUCAGGGAGGUGGGACAAGAGAACAAUGUCAUUUUAGUGGAAACUACAGACUUAUUUGGUAUUUUAAAAAUAGCUUCAAACAUUCUUUUCUCCUAGUUUUUUUUUUUAAUUUGGUCUCAGGACAAGAACAUUUACACAACAACUGCAUGUUUUAGUAUUUUGUACAUGGAUUAUUUGGAAUUUGAUGGAUGGGACGUAAAAUGUCCUCCAGUUCUGGAAUGAUCCAUUACUUGACUACUUUACUCGAGUAUUUCUAUUUUCUGCAAAUAUUGUACUUGGUGCUCCUCUACAUUUACAGAUUUGGUUUAGCAACACAAAACAUAAACAAAAAAUGAUGUCAUAUUAUAGAUUAAGAUAAAAAUGUAUUGAUCCAGCAGAUAAAUUAGAAUCCAACUUUUCCAAAUUAUGUCAUUCUACAUAAAAAGUAUUUUAACUUUGGUACUUCUGAGGAUAUUUUGAUGACUUUUACCUAUAAAACAGCAUUCCCACACUGAUAUUAGUGUUCGUCCUGCUUCUUUCCACCUUUCUCAGACAUUUUAACACCUGGAUGGUUCCUCCUGUUUCCAGUCUUUGUGCUGAGCUACGUUAGCUGCUUUCUCUUGGUAGCUUUCUAUUUAAAUAACAGACAUGAACACACCUUUCAUAUCCCGCCUCCACACAGCAGAAUAUUUACAGUAACGUCUGUUAUUUUUAAUUAAGAAGUGCCAGAGUGUAUCUGAAGCUAAAUGCCCUGCAGGGUUCUGUGAGCAGAGAGCAUGCUGGGAGUUUUUUCUGCAGUUUGGCGGGCUGCAGGGCGGAGAGGGAGUGUCGGAGGAGCUGGCUGAGGUCAGAGAUGCUCUGGAGGAUCUGGUGAAAGAGACUGUGGGAGCCAUGGAACUUACGGAGGAUUAUUCCACAUGCAGGGACAGCUGUCGUACUCAUGCUCACACACGUCUGCUGCAAUGUGUGUUCAGAGAAAGUAUAUACGCCACCAACCCAGCAGCGUUCAUAUGAUGCAUUACAGGAAGAGGAUUGGAGAACUUGUUUUUUUGUUGUUUUUGUACUCGUUCACGCCCUCAGUCUCUGAACACCGUCGCUCUGUAUGUUCUGACAAUCACAGCACACCUCUGUCUGCUACUGUGGCUCAUGUAAAUACAGUAAAAGCAUACAGGUUGCAUUUUUCAAUAAAGUGUGACAAUGGCGUUUUUGAAUAUA